CAGGAUGCUUCGUGCGCCGGGCUGACCACUUUAACAGUUGAAGGUGCACCGGGCUGUGGUUUCUUUUUUAAAGGGGUCAAUAGUUGCUGUCAUGUCAUUUCUCAUGUCGCCACGCCACCUUGAAUAUUUCCCGUCCUUUAACUCCUAAUCAUACCAAAAAGAUAGUUCAGUAAUGGAAUUCACUUUUGAUCCUGAGUAUUGAUGGUGGAAACACAUGCAUAAUGCACAAGAUCAUUGAUAUCAGUAUAAACUAUUUAACCAUUACUCAAGAGUAGCACUGAAUACCAGACCUGAUUCUGAAAAAGAAAGAAAAAACUUCAAUGGGCACAUUUCUUGGACAUCUAGUACCUGGUUUGGCCUUAGCUCUCCUUGGUUUUUGGCAUGCUAUUAACACAAUAAAAGCCCACUAUCAAAAUGGAACUACAAAAUUUAGAUCCAAGUUUUGGUACCCUUUUAACAGUCCUCUUCCUACACUACAACACCUUGAUCUCAUUCUUGUUUUGUCUUUCUCUAUCUUUUGCAUAGUUAUCCAAUUCUUGGAUUUACCUUCUCUGCACUUCUCAUUCAAGCUUCAUAAUAUUGAACAUGCAACCAUGUUCCUAAACUUGACCGUUUUCGCGGGUUUUACUCUUCUUGUUGAGUUAAGUAACUUGCCUGAGAUCCUACAUGGGAUUUUAGGCAUACUUGUUACAUCUAUUUUUGGUCAAGAACUUUUCUUACUUCAUUAUCAUUCAACUGAUCAUGUAGGAUUAGAAGGCCAUUACCACUGGCUUUUGCAAAUCGUCGUGUUUAUUUCCCUUAUGUCAGCUCUUGUUGUUACUUGCUUCCCUGCCUGUUUUCCUGCAGCACUUGUUCUUUCAAUUUCGGUUAUUUUCCAAGGUUGUUGGUUCAUGAACAUGGGAUUUAAUCUGUGGUUUCCACAGUUUGUUCCAAACGGUUGCGUUAUGCAAUCAAGUGAAGGUCAUGAAAACUUAGUUCAUGGCGUGGUUAUGUGUCAUACGAAUGAAGCUGAUUUACGGGCUAGAGCUAUGGCGAACUUGCAGUUUAGUUGGGUAAUUGCAGCUAUCUUGAUCCUUGUGGCUGGUAUUUCUCUUGUUUUCGCGAGAAAUCGAGCAGAUAGGACUCUGUUGUCCAAGUAUGAGCAGCUUCAGAGUAGAGGCAGAGACAUCCCUGUAACAAUUAAUUGCUUGAAGUAAACUACUCAAUAAAUAAGAAAUGUACAUAGGCAUCCAAAAUGCCAAUUUAAAUAAGCUUCAAUGGAUGUGUCUGAGCAUAAGUACGGCGAUGUUUUCUUGCUUAGAGAUGCACAUCGCAAUUUUUAUGGUACUACUGUACUACUUAAGUGUAUUGCAGUCACUAGACUGUCUAACCAUAGUUGUCAGUUGACCUAAAGUUUACUUAGUUUGAUGUUUUCUUCCCUCCCCCUAAAUUGUAUUACUCUUUUCUAUUAGGUGUGCA